UUAUUCCCAUCCGGGGUCACGUCGAUCUUCCGGGUAUCUCUGACAGGGCUGUCUACGCCGCCUUUUCGGCGACUUUUUGGUCUUCCGCUUUUUUUUCCUUUCUUUUUGUUGUCGCCGCCCCCAACCUUCCACACCCGCGCGGGCCUGGCCGUGUCGGCAGUCGCCUCGCCGCCGCCCUGCCGGUUCCUGGGUCACCCGCCCGAGCUGGGCCUCGCCGUGCUGCGGGCUGCUCGGGCGGCCGCGUUGGCGGGCGGUGCCGCUGGGCCCUGCUCGGCCCUGCUCGGGCCUUCGGCGUGGACGCCGUUCUCUCGCCGCCUCCCGCGCUGUCCUCACUCCCUAGACCGAAAGAGUAAGACUGGCUAGAUACUCCCAUCUGGUAUUCCAAAAGGCCGUGGCGAGCCAAGGUAGAAGAAUACAUGUUCACCCUCAGUGAGCAAGAGCAUGUUCCCAAACUCAAUUUUGGGUCGUCCUCCCUUCACUCCAAACCACCAACAGCAUAAUAGCUUCUAUGCUCUCUCACCAACUCUUUAUUCACACCAGCAACUUAUUGAUGCACAGUACAACUUCCAAAAUGUAGACUUGUCUAGAGCUGUGACCUUACAGCCCCUGACAUAUGGAACUGUCAGUCCAAUACAGACCUCCACAUCCCCAUUGUUUCGAGGAAGGAAGAGAAUAAGCGAUGAAAAAGCCUUUCCUCUUGAUGGUAAACGACAGCGUUUCCAUUCACCCCACCAAGAGCCAACUAUAAUUAACCAGAUAGUGCCUUUAUCAGGUGACCGAAGAUACUCCAUGCCGCCAUUGUUUCACACACACUAUGUACCAGAUAUAGUAAGAUGUGUUCCACCUCUUCGAGAAAUUCCACUGUUAGAACCUAGAGAAAUCACACUGCCUGAGGCCAAAGAUAAGCUGAGUCAGCAGAUAUUAGAGUUGUUUGAAACUUGUCAGCAGCAAACAAGUGACUUGAAGAAGAAAGAACUCUGUAGAGCACAGCUGCAGAGAGAGAUCCAGCUGCUCUUCCCACAAAGCAGACUUUUUUUGGUUGGAUCGUCUUUAAAUGGAUUCGGUGCCCGGAGCAGUGACGGUGAUUUAUGCUUAGUUGUUAAAGAAGAACCACUCCAGAAGGACUUCUUCUCCUGCCCCAUACACUGUUUUUUUCAGGUGAAUCAGAAGACUGAAGCCCGCCAUAUACUCACCUUAGUCCAUAAACACUUCUGUACUCGACUGUCUGGCUACAUUGAGAGACCUCAGCUGAUUCGUGCGAAAGUGCCAAUUGUGAAGUUCAGGGAUAAAGUCAGUUGUGUGGAAUUUGACUUAAAUGUAAACAAUACUGUUGGAAUUAGAAACACAUUCCUUCUCAGAACUUAUGCCUACCUUGAAAAUCGAGUUCGUCCGUUAGUGUUGGUGAUUAAGAAGUGGGCAAGUCACCAUGAUAUAAAUGACGCCAGUCGCGGUACUUUAAGCAGCUACAGUCUUGUAUUGAUGGUUUUGCACUACUUACAAACCCUACCUGAACCCAUCCUUCCAUCCCUCCAAAAAAUUUACCCAGAAUCUUUUAGUACUUCUGUACAGCUGCACCUUGUGCAUCAUACUCCAUGUAAUGUUCCUCCUUACCUCUCAAAGAAUGAAUCAAGCCUUGGGGACCUCUUACUGGGCUUUCUUAAAUAUUAUGCUACAGAAUUUGACUGGAACACUCAGAUGAUUUCAGUUCGUGAAGCCAAAGCCAUCCCUAGGCCUGAUGACAUUGAAUGGAAAAAUAAAUAUAUCUGUGUUGAAGAACCCUUUGAUGGAACUAAUACCGCCAGAGCUGUGCAUGAAAAGCAGAAGUUUGAUAUGAUCAAGGAUCAGUUUUUAAAGUCAUGGCAAAGAUUGAAAAACAAGAGAGAUCUCAACAGUGUUCUGCCUUUGAGAGCUGCUACCCUGAAGAGAUAGCUGCCCUCUAAUUCUUAAACUCUUCCAAGAAAUAAAGAACAAUAGUUACAUCACAAUACAUUUGUUUACCUCCAUCAUGGUUUAUUUUUAAUCUUGUUCUUGUUUUUGUUUUAUUUUUAAAAGGACAUACUUAUAUAAAGAUUGCAUAUUUUAUUAUGACAUUUCCUAAUAAACUCUUUGAUUUAAAAAUGUA